CAAACCAAAUCCAAACACCAAUAAACAUCUUAACUCACCUUCUUCAAUCCCUCUCUACUCACAUAUCAGAACCGUUUUCAUACUUUAUUCUCUCCGCUUAACUCAACUCAACUCCAUCGAUGGCAGAAGUUGAAAUCGAGAUCGAGAUCCCACCAUACUUCCUCUGCCCCAUCACGCUCGACAUCAUGAGAGAUCCAGUCACACUCACCACCGGAAUCACCUACGACAGAGAAAGCAUCGAGCAGUGGCUCUUCACACAGCAAAACACCACCUGCCCCGCCACCAAACAGCAACUCCCCAACCUCGACCUCACCCCCAACACCACCCUCCGCCGCCUCAUCCAGUCAUGGUGCACCCUCCACGCCGUCCAGCGCCUCCCCUCCCCGAAACCACCCCUCACCCUCCCCCACCUCCUCCGCCUCCUCUCCCAAGCCUCCCUCCCCCACCUCCAAUCCCAAUCCCUCCAAACCCUCAAAUCCCUCGCCUCCGACAGCCUCACCAACCGCCGCUGCAUCGCCUCCUCCCCCGCCCCCGCCUUCCUCGCCUCCCUCAUCAUCACCAAAUCCCCCUUCUCCGACGACGCCCUCUCCAUCCUCCACUCCCUCCACCUCCCCGAAUCCGCCCUCAAACCCCUCUCCACCCCCGCCUUCGUCGAAUCCCUAACCCUAAUUCUGCAGCUUGGGAACUACCAUGCCAUCAACCUCCUCAGAUCCAUCACAGAAAUCGCCGAACCAUCCCUCCUCAUUUCACUAAAACCCGAGCUCUUCUCGGGAAUAGCUCAGAUUUUAAAGGAUAAAGACAGCUCGAGAAAAUACAUGAAGUCGGCGAUGAAAGUGCUGAUUGCGGCGUGCCCAUGGGGGCGGAACCGGAUGAAGGCGGCGGAGGCGGGGGUGGCGGCGGCGGUGGUCGACCUCCUACUCGACGUGGUUGACAAGAGGGAGUGUGAGAUGAUGAUGACGGUGCUGGAGAUGGUGUGCCAGUGCGCGGACGGGAGGUCGGAGCUGCUGGGGCACGCGGCGGGGCUGGCCGUGGUGGCCAAGAAGAUACUCAGGGUGUCGGGGGCGGCGACCGAGAGGGGGGUGAGGAUCCUGCACUCGGUGUCGAGGUACUCGGCGACGGCGGCGGUGCUGGCGGAGAUGGUGCAGAGCGGGGCGGUGGCGAAGCUGUGGCUGGUGGUGCAGGUGGACUGCGGGGCGAAGACCAAGGAGAGAGCCAGGGAGAUUCUCAAGGCGCAUGCUAGAGCUUGGAGGACUUCCUCUUGCAUACCUACCAAUCUCAUUUCUUCAUAUCCCUCUUGAACAAAUAUUCAUUCCAUUAUUCCUUACAAAUUUAGGUUUUUCAUUUUUUGUCAACAUGUUAAUACUUAGUUGAUAAAAGGGCAGGGAACUGCCCAUUUCAGGAUACAAUUGUCCAAAGAUACAUACGAUACUCAAGUUAUCGAUCAUUUGAUUUUUUUUCA